AUGUCGGACCUGUUUUCUGGCUUGACAGAAACUAUCAAAAGCACCGCCAAUGCGAUCACAAAAAACGAACAUGUCCGGAAGUUCGCGGAGUCUAUGAACGAUGCGAUCAUGAACUACCCGAAAGCUCAAAUGGAUGUCCGCGAAGCCACCAACGAGGACCCAUGGGGACCAACAGGGCCACAAAUGAAGAAGAUAGCUGAAUACACUAGAUCAAGAUACAUGGAGGACUUCUACAACGUCUACACUCCACUCUUCGCGAGAAUGCUCGAAAACAACAAGGAUGCUUGGAGACGAGUUUACAAGAGUCUCAUCCUACUCGACUACUUGCUUAAGAACGGCAGCGAGCGUUUCGUGCAGGAAGCGCGUGAGAAGACGUACGAGCUCAGACGUCUGGAGAGCUACAAGUAUAUCGAUGAGAAAGGGAAAGAUCAAGGCAUCAACAUCCGCCACCGUGUCAAGCAGAUUCUGGAGUUGUUGAAUGAUGACGACUUGCUCCAGGCCGAGAGAAAAAAAGCAAACUCGGAUGACAAGUCAAAGUACAAGGGCUAUGAUAAAUACGACAUCAAUAACUCCGGGAUGAAAUCGUCUUCUUCCUCCAACUUCGACAAUAACUGGGAUCGAGGAGGAUCGUCUUCAUCGUCGACGAACAAGAAAUGGGAGGACGAUUUCAAAAGUAAGGAAGUUAGCAACUUCUCCUUCAGAUCUUCAACCAACAACCGCUCGCCAUCACCAGAACUUGGAUUCGUUGAUGAGAAAAAGCAGAAGGAGGUUGAGGACGACGGGUUCGGUGACUUUGUGAGCUCCCGCUCUUCCAACCCGGCGGCAAAGUCCCGGUCCACUCCAAACCCGCCGAAGUCAUUCUUCGAUAGCUCGGUCCCUGCGAUCCCACCACCAUCUGCUGCCAACUAUGUUGCUCCGCCGCUCUCUCCAAUCGCUAACAAGAAAACGAGCAAUGUCGACCUGCUCUUCGAUCUUGAUGCACCCGCUCCAUCCGCUUCUGCAACAACAACAAGCGGAUCUGUUGACUUGUUCUCGAACAUGUCAUUUCCUGUGACGAACGCUCCUGUUCCAAGCGUCCCAGCAGCAAGCGCAGAUAGUUUGUUCGAUUUCGGAGCUCCACCAGUGGCUCAACAACCUGUCUCUCAGAUGGUUGCUCCAAUCGCUCCGAAGACCACCAAUUCAGUGGGAGCAAUUGGUUUCAGUGGAUUUGACUUCACAUCCGCAGUUACAACUUCUUCGAUUCCACCUUUUGCCUCACUUCAGGCAAUGACCGGACAACAGCAGCAGCCAACUCAAGCUGCAAAUCAGAUCAAUCUGGGAGGACCAGCGCCAAAGGUCGGCAACUCCUUCGCAGGCCUCGACCAAUUCAUGGGACUCUCGCUCGGAUCCACCAACUCCAACGCUCCAAAAGCUAAGACACUCAACCAGAUGAAAGGAGGCCCCCAAUAA